AUGCGUCUGACAUACAUUGCGGUGGUCGCUCUGGCUGCUAUUUUCGCUUCCAGCGCCGCAGUUUCGACGGCUGGUGACCCGCAACCUGCUGUCGAGUCCGACGUGUCUUUCGUGAAUCGCGUGACGGACGGCGCUCGCCACAGAGCAGACACAAAGCGGUUGUUAAGGGCUCGAGCGGAAGACGACUCGGCACCGAUGGAAGCGGAAGACGAGGCGAGAAACGCUGGGUUCUUAAGCGGUUUCACAAACGUGUUGAAAAACCCAGCGCUGAAGAAUUUGCCCAGCAAGGCCAAGACCGCUGCGGCAAACAAGAUGUUCCGAAUAAAUAACAUAGUGGCGAGAGUGGAUGUUGCGGUGGACAACCAUAUUGCCAGUGCGUCACAGAAGCUGAAAAAAUUGGGCAACCGGCCGAAUGAGUCAGCACUAAAGAAGAAGCUCACCAAUCAAAUUAAUUAUUGGUCAAACUUUGACGCUGAAGCGUGGGUCAAAAGUAAAUUCUCGUAG